AUGGCUUCUAAUGUUUCAACUCUCUUUGGUGAUGGAAUUGGAGUACUCGCUGUAGACUGCAACGAACAAAGCUUAAAAGAUAUAGUAGGAAAGCUUGAAAGCUACGGGUAUACAGGUAAGCAGCUACAUCUGAAAUCAUUUGUUUAUUCUCUCCCUUUGUACUUACCUAAGAUAUGAUAUGGUACACUGAGUAUUCAAAUUUGAAGAGCUCUUAAGGAAAUGGAUUCCAUGUUUAAUGUUUAUUCCCAUAAUUAUUUUUUCCCAUAGUAAUUUUUAAUCUUAGAUAAUUUUUAAGAGUUGUCACUGGCUCCCACACUCAUGCAUCAUGAGGCAUACGACUGGAGACGGCGAGGAUGUGGGGUAUAAGGGACAUGGGCGCAGGGGUAGUGGAUUGAUUACACCGAAAGAGAGACGCUGAGGGGCUAGUAGAUCUAUUAUAAAUUGAUAAAACGAUGAAUCGAUUGAUACCCCUUUUAACAUUUUCUUAUGGUUGUUUACCCUUUCGUCAUUGUGGAAAUAGGACGUCGGCUUUGUUUAAGGACGAGAUGGUUUCUGGGAGAUCGACUGCCUAACAUGCACUUUCAUUCAGUGACUCCUUGCUCUAGGGUGAGCUCUGCGCUGGACAUUCUAAACAAGGCCAACGGCAGCUUCAACCUAGUCCUAACCGAAGCUCGAAUGGUGGACAUGGAUGCGUUUGCUCUUCUUGAGCAGGUCAAGUUGACCUUCGGCAUCCCAGUUAUCAGUGAGUACAUCCUUCAACGGUGCCAUUAACCUCUUAAUGCUGCCCAGCACCGUACUUAGUUCAGUUCUGCGGUGCAGUGAUGUCAGCCGGGGGAGGGCUAGGGCUGGCGAUGGAAUGCCUCAACGCUGGGGCCUCCUUCUACCUCCAGAAACCCCUGGAUUGUGCUGCUGCUGCAACGAUCUGGCAGCAUGUCUCAUUGAAAAGGAAAACGUUCUCAGCCGCGACUGCGCAGAUACUGGAGAACAGCGGUCCUUCAUCUUUCUCAGCGGAGAGAGGAGAGAGGAGGGGUACCGGAGAAUCGCCAGCCAACUUUAAAGAAGAGGUAGACGAAGACAGGGAUAAUGAAAAGGACGAUGAUGUGAUAAGACGACAGGAAAACACGGUAAAACAGAAGACGGGGAAGAGAGUGUCCUGGACGGGGGAGUUGCACCUGCUAUUCACGCACGCUGUCGACAAAUUAGGCAUCAAUAGUGAGCGCCUUUCCAACCUUUUUCCGUUCGAAGCGUCUUCUCCACUGUCGCUUAUAUUUUCCUUCAUACAACCAAGUUAUCUCUAGUCUGACCACCUAUCCACCUCCUCCGUCCUCCCCAUUACUCCACAGAGGCGACCCCAAAGAAAAUAUUGGAACGGAUGAGGAGACCGGAGUUGACUCGCUCCAAUGUUGCUAGCCAUCUGCAGGUUUGACUAGCAUACUUCCUCCCAUACCCAUCUUGGGAAGCAUUUUCUGAUAAAUUUCUCGUUAUCUUUUGGUCAAUCAACUACACUUGGAAAUGCGCAAUGUUUCUAUUAUGAUGUUCCAUAUUCAAACAAAGUCCGCAAAACUCUAUAAUUAAACUGGUUGGCUUAUUCCAGUCGUCUGUAAUUCAUUUGAGUUAAAACAACCUAGUAACUUACUUUUAAGAAUUGAAAUUGGUUUUCUUAAUUUACGUAUCACAAUUAUGCUCGCAUUAUAGAUCUUAUUGCAAAUUGCCAUUAAAUAGAUGGGAGUAUCGCCCACAUUGGAACCUGCGAUUAAAUAGAUAAUAAUGGUUUACUGUAAAUCAGCUUCUUUUUCUGACAGUCUAAUCACUAAAACAUAUCCUGUCGAAAACGAACUAUCACUGUACCGCCUGUACUUGACGAAAUAAUGGAACAUAUCAACAAUGAUAGUUUCCACCUCAACGUGAAAUAAUGGAACUUAUCAACAAUGCAGAAGUACCGCCUGUACUUGACGAAAAGCAAACACGGGAGCAGGAAAAGGUUUUAUGAGUUUUCCUUGAACAGGAAGCGAUCCGUUUUUGAGUCUGGUCCCAAACAUUUGACGAAGAGCCACCGGCUUCAAAUGGAAGUCUUCAGUGAAGGCCGCUUAGCUGACGACCGGAGACCUGUGGAGAAGGAGGUAGAAUCCCAGUCUGCAAAGAUGCCUUACACGGGUCUCCCCGUCAAUGUGCAGGGAAGAACUACAGGAGAGAUGGACGUGCCGCGGCGGUCAAUACCAUGGCCCGGGAUCAACCUUCCCGCCAUCUCCAGUGAGAUAAACACCUUCCAUUGAGAAGGCUUUGAUCAUUUGUUAUGCGGUGCAUUCAAUGACUCAUUACGUUUCCAGAUGCAGAUAUUCUAAGUUCAAAUCUGAAUGAGGCUAGGCAGCACAGAGAUUUCGGCCGCAGAAAGACCUACGUCGGUCUCCAGCUUCAGGAUGGUAUUGGACAGAUCAGACUGGCUCAGGAUACGUAUUUGGAACCAGAGCCGAUAAAUCCGGCAAUCGGAGGAUCACAGGAUGAACAUGUGGACUACAUGAUUCUUGAUCAGCUUCUGCAAGAAGAGGUUGCUGCUGGUGAGAAGAAAAGCAGUAUGCAGAUGGAUUUCCAAUCUUCAAGCCCUAAACAGAGUGAUUCAAUGACCCCCAGCAAUGGUUGGCAUCUCUCACCUGAUAAACCAGUUGAGGAGCUUCAGGCGCGGAAUGAGGUUUCAACCAAUGACUUUGUGGACAUUGUGCUGGAUAAUAUGAUGGGUCUUCUGUUAGAUCCUCAGGUAGUCAUAUCAUUUUUUCCUGGAUUUAAAAAAUGUCCUUAAAAUUGUUGAGCCAUCAAACUGGUAGAAAAUGACUUGAGUGAAACUGUCGUAUACUUACUAUUAUGUUGACCACUGUAGGGUACUGUAGCGUGAGUAGUCGAGUACAUUCCGUCUUUUAAACAGUCACAGAGACAGCAUAGGGAGGUGCUUACAGUACAACUAUGAUUGAGUAAAAUAAUCAUUAUUUAUAGCAUGUAUUUAAUAUGUUUGAUUAACAUAGAUCUAUUCUAACGAUCAUAUGUAUUCCAUGGGUAACACUUUUUUGGCGCUUACUGUUUUCCAAUUUGGUCCUUUGAGCACCAAAAUGAUAUUAUCGAGUUGGAGCAUUUUAGACGUCCUCAGGACCAAAAGUUUAAUACAAUUGAAUUCAUACGAACUUUAUUAGGAUCCCAUUUUUUGUCUAUUUUUAAUUAAAUUUGAAAAAUGUAUGCCGACUAACAUGUUGCACUUGAAUUGUCAGGAUGAGGACGAUGGGAAAUUUUAGGAGGCAGUUAUUUCACUGCCUUGCAGAAUAAAGUCUGGCAGACAGACUUGAGGGCACGGAUCAGUAAAACAAUUUUGCACUUGUUUAUCAUUUCUUUGAGGCAUUUCUCGUGCAGCAGCUAUCUUCUAUAUUCCUAGGACCUCUCUCUCUUCUCUCUCUCUCUCUCUCUCUCUCUCUCUCUCUCUCUCUCUCUCUUCACAUGCAGCUUGGAAGUAACAUAUGCAAACCCCAAUUUCAAGGAAAAAAUAAUCCCGUCCUUGUUCUGAUUAUGUUUUGUGAGUUUCAAAUUUGAUACUGUGGGACCUUUUACACAUUUUAUUGAUGUUUUCUUGGUGCAUUUAUGUCGUCAUAAUUCAACAUUUAUCGGAGAUUAGCAUAGUUGGAAUGCGUUCUAUUGAAUAAUGCUAAAAAUGAAGUACCGACAAAUUCUUUGACAAAGACGUGGAACGGAAGGGGCAGAGGGAGAGUUGAGACUGGCUUAGCAAUCCAAAAUGUAGGAAAUCCGUCACAUAUGGGAUUCGAUUGGUUUCGGCCGCCCCGGGCAAUUCUGGGCGUAAGAUGACAACAGGUAAGCUUAGUGAGAAGGAGCUGCCUCCUUGGUCUAGAGGACUAUUGAGGUUUGUUGCACAAUAUGGAGACAAUGUGCACAGCUUCUCCAUCCCUCCCAAAAGGAUGCUCUUCCAGAUCACCAGUGAUGCCACCACGUCAAAGAGCCUUCGUGAAGCAAAGGGCAUGAACAUGAAAGAUGUAAUGAUUUGGAUGCUGCUAAUUCUUUGGUAUAAACUUUUUAUUCUUAGACGAGUUGCUAUAAUUAUGGUGGAUGGCUAA